AUGAGAGAACACAACAAGCAUGUUGUCCAACCACCUAAUUUUUCAAUGUAUUCAAUUUCAAAAUACUUUAGAACAAGGAUUCCGUCUAUGUUUUUGACAAGAGACGAAUUGGAUCAGUAUACCUGGAAUGAUGUACUUAACCCAUUUGCAGCGGCCAAAGAAUUAAAUGGUCGCCAAUGGAAUUUCUUUUUAGUUGGUCUAGCUGGCUGGACAUGGGAUGCGUUUGAUUUUUUUCUUGUUAGUUUAAAUGUAGCAUCCAUUGCAGAAGACCUCAAUGAGUCAGUUACCAGCAUUACGUGGGGUAUCACUUUGGUUCUUAUGCUUAGAUCAGUUGGUGCCGUUAUAUUUGGAUUAUGGGGUGAUAGAUAUGGGCGAAAAUGGCCCUAUAUUACAAAUAUGUUUUUAUUGGUUGUCCUUCAAAUUGGGUUUGGUUUUGUAAAGGAUUAUAAGUCAUUCUUGGGCGUACGAGCAUUGUUUGGAAUAGCCAUGGGUGGUAUGUACGGUAACUGUGCAGCUUGUGCAUGUAUGUAUUUUUCGUUUCAAAGCACAACAGUUCUGGUGAUAAAAUUGGUAUGAAAUGGAUUACUAACAUUCAACGUAGUGGAUGAUGCUCCUAGGAAAGCAAGAGGACUCUUAUCAGGUACCUUUCAACAAGGUUAUUCUUUGUACGUAUUAAAUUUUAAAACCUUAUCUGUAUUUUUAUGAUGCAUACUAACAUUUUACUAGAGGUUAUUUAUUAGUGGUCAUUUUUAAUCGUGCAAUUACACACAAUUCUAAAUAUGGCUGGAGAGCACUCAGCUGGUUUUCAGCUGGUCCUGCAGUAAUUUUUAUGGUUUGGAGAUUCUUUCUACCUGAAACCGAUACAUUUUUAAAACAAAGACAAAAGAUGUUAGGAAAUAAUGAUAAGAUAAUAGAAAAUAAUGACAAGAAAUUGAAAAUAUUUGGAUUUAGCCAAGACACAAAAAAGGCGAUAAAGAAUUAUUGGUUGAUUAUGAUAUAUUGUGUCUUAUUAAUGUCUGGUUUCAACUUCCUGUCUCAUGGCUCAGGUGAUUUGUAUCCUACAUUAUUAACUAAGCAAUAUGGUUAUGGUGCUGAUCGUUCAACAGUUACUAAUUCUGUCUCUAAUUUAGGUUCAAUUACUGGUGGUAUGAUUCUUGGUCACUUAUCCACAUUCAUUGGACGUAGAUUCGCAAUUGUUAUAGGAAGUGUUCUUGGCGGAGCCAUGAUUUAUCCAUGGGCAUUCAUCAAAGGUUCUGGUAUAAAUGCUGGUGCGUUCUUCAUGCAAGCAGGUAUACACGGCUCGUGGGGUGUCGUUCCAAUUCACCUCUCCGAAUUGUCUCCACCGCAAUUCAGGUCUUUAGUUACAGGUCUCGCUUAUCAAUUGGGUAAUCUAUGUGCUAGCGCAAGCUCCACGAUUGAAAGUACCCUUGGAGAAAAAUUUCCAAUUUCUAUAGAAGGAGAAGAAGAUGUUUACGAUUAUGCGAAAGUGAUGCUGAUUUUUAUGGGAUGUGUGUUAGUUUAUUUAAUCAUAAUUACUGUAUUAGGUCCAGAAAAUAGGGGUGCUGAUUUAGACGUUGGAAGAGAUGAAAUAUUUGACGAUGAUGAUAUACAUGAUGUAACAAAUAAAUCAACUGACUCUAUUGAGCACAUUGAAAAAGAAAAGAAUGAAGAAAAAACAACUAUUGGGCAUGUGAAUUGA